CCCGCGCGGCCGCCGUAGCGCGGACGCGCCCUGCCCGCCAUGGCGGCGCCCGAGCCGCCGCCGCCGCCCGAGGGCUGCAGGCCGCUGAGCGCGCUGCUGAGCGGCAUCGCCCAGGCCGCCUUCCACGGCACCGCGGGCAUCACCGAGGAGCUGCUGCGUGCCCAGCUCUACCCCGACGCGCCGCCGGAGGAGUUCCGCGCUCUGCGCGCCAAGAUGGGCGGCCUCCUGCAGUCAAUUGCUUCAGCAGACAUGGAUUUGAAUCAGCUGGAAGCUUUCCUCACUGCCCAAACCAAAAAACAAGGUGGCAUCACAUCAGAUCAGGCUGCAGUCAUUGCAAAAUUUUGGAAGAACCACCGGACUCAAAUCCACGAGAGCCUGAUCAAUCAGAGCCGCUGGGAUAAUGUCCUGAAAAACAUGAACUGGAGAGUGGACCUGAAGUCACAGCUGAGGCACAUUGAUCAGAUAAACACUCCUGUUGCAAUAGUUGAAAUGGAGCUGGGAAAAAAUGGGCAGGUGCAGGGGAUGCUCGUGGUGCCUCCCCUGCUCUGCUGCCACACAACCACAGAAAACCCAAACCACAACCAAACACUGCCACUGCAUUGGUUUGAAAUGAGGAGCUGAGGUCUGUAAUGUCAAUUGAAGGAAUCGGAGUUUCUCUGCCUGGAGUUUGACGAGGCCAAGGUGAGCCAGAUGCUGAAGAAACUGUCAGAAAUAGAGGAGAGUAUGACUUUGUUGACUCAGACUACUUAAUCAAAUAAAGAGAUUGCAGCUUACAAAAAAAUAACCCUUGGUGCGUUUUCAUAAAUCCUAUUUCAGCACAUGAAUAGGGGGUGCUGGUUAAAUCCAGAUUAUAACCCCAAUGGGCUAAAUCACACUGUGAAGCUUUCUCAUCCCCUCCUCCCAACCUGUUUUCCAAAGCAGCAGCAACACUGUUUCCACGAAGCUUUGCUUAAUCAGGCCUUGGGGUGUAGCACAGCUUUUCUCUUUACCUCCUCAGUCACUUCUGGAGUGCUCCAGAUGCUGGGCUGGAUGAGCAGCAAAGGUAAUUGGCCAGUUGUGGCAGAGGAGAAAUGAGCAGAAGAAACAGGCAGAUUAGGGGGAACUCAUGUUUAUACUUCCAAACCAUGGACUUUAUAGGACAAAUCCACCUCUGUGAGCUCUGUCUGCUUAGAGCUAAAACCCAGGAAAGCAGAUGAAGUGCAGGGAGUUCAGGGAGAAGAGGCACAAACACACCUCUCUGUACCUGUGAGCUCCGUGCUGCCGAGGAUUCCAAGGGCUGGCCAGCCUGGAUGCAGAAGCCAGGGGACAAUCAGGGGAACAUCUCCCGGGAAUUUGGACAUGCUGGUUUUCCAAAAGGAGCAGUCCUGCAUGUGCAGAGCACCUGAUGCAGCUGUUUGCUGGAUGGUGCCUUCAAAGGCACCUCUGAUCUGCUUCCUCAAAGACCAUCCAGCCUCAUCCCCUUCUGGCCCUUGGGCUGUAGUGGUGCAGCCCUGGCACGGAGCUGCACGCUGUGUUUGAGGGGCCAGUGCUUUGUCAGAGCACAGCCGAACUUGGCUGCUCUUAGUCCUGUUUUUCAUGGCUUGGUUUGACCUGAGAAAGCCCCAGAUGGAACCCAAGGUUUCUAAGUGUGUACAGGCUAAGCUCGGAAUGUGGGUAAAGGAAAGUGCCCUUGGCAGCCCGUCAGCCUGAGGCCUUAUCAGUAAAACCCUUGUGUGAGUGAAGAAAUCUGCCAGAGGCAGGUCACGGGCACAGGAUCUGAGCUGCCUGGAUGGCUCCUGGCUGUUGCAGUGCCCACAUCUGUGCUGGAACACCCAGCUGCAGAGCAGCUGCUGCCCCCGUGCUGACACAGGCUCCCAGAAGGGUUUCCAGUUCUCUGUGUUUCCCUUCAGGGCUGUGACCUUGCCAGCCUGGUCACAGCAGGGUGUCCCACCACACUCAGCAGGAGCUGAGCCUGAGCAGGCCAGCACUUGGACAGAGCAGGAUGGAAGGAUCUCCUUCCAGCAGAGCUGGCUGGUGGUCCUUAAAAAGGUGACAGUCCUGGCUCCUGGUUUGCUCUGUCCCUUGUCUGGAAGGCGUGUACACACAUUUGGUUGGAGGCUACAUUGCUUCUUGCCAUUUUAUAUUUGCUUUAUAAGCAACCUCCUCCUGAGCUAAAAUUACAUUGAGGGCUUGUACCAAUAUAGAGAUGACAACAUAAAAUGUUCUCGUGCCAUAGCUAAAGCGCUCCUCAUCGCUUCUCCUUGAGAAUUUAUUGCUUGUGGAGUUGCCAGAUUGCACUUGGACACAAAAUCUCUUCAGAGCAAGGGAAGGGCACCUUUUCCCAUCUGCCUGGUCAGAAGGGGAAACAUCCCUCCAGCCAAUUUGAGUCCCUGCACAGGGAAUUAACAUUUCCUUUGCCAUGCCUGUCCCACUGCUGCCUUUUCUCUUACAGCCUCCUGGUUCUGUUCUGCCCUCUCAUCUCAUGGAGCCCCCAGCACCUCUGUUUCCCCAGCUGCCUUUGGCUGAUUCCUGUCAGAGAGGAACUGGGCUGUAACCACAAACUGCUCCUCGUGCUGCUCCCUGAGUCAGUGGCUGCAGCAGCGCUGUGAAAUGAGUGCUUUGUGAUUCUCUGAGCUUUCUGUUGCCUUUUUCAACUAAGUUCAUUCAAGUGCUUUCUGUGUAUUAGGACAUAUUUAAAAAAAAAUCAAGGUCAGGGAAGGAUCAUGAUCUUAAGUAGCUUGCACUGUGUCAAACAUACUUAUUGUUUUAUUUUAACAUGGUCAGAGGAUAGGAAAAUGUGCUAUAAAUGGAAAUUAAAGAGAAACAAACUGGGAACAGAUGUCAGGAAGUAUUAUUUCAUGCAAAGAAUAAUAAAUAUGUGGAAUGGCUAACAAGGCGAGGAGGCUGAAGCAAAAAGUCUAGGGGACAUUUAAGAAUUAAUUGGAUACUUUCUUAGUUGAGGUCUGAAGUGGUAUGUUUUUAUGGGUGGAUGCUUCUCUCUCUUCCUAAUCUUCCCUCCCCUAACUAUCUCAGGAUACCUAACUGUUCCCAUUUUCUUCUUGGUGGAUCUUUCUAAACUACUGUGCAAAACAAAAAAAGAAAAAAGGAAAAAAGAAA